AUGUUGAAGCUGGGGAAAAUGCUGAAGAAUGAUGUGUUGGGAUGUGGAAGCUGGUGGGGUGAAAGGCAAGGAGCAAGGGGCAUUCUACAGCUGCUCUAUCUGGGGGUCCAUGGGGUGUGGGGAUGCAGAGUACAGGAUAUAGAGGAGGUACCGGGUGUGAGUUUGGUCAAGGGGGCGCCGCUGUGGGCCUCCGACCGGGGGCGGCGCUGUUGCGGGCGGACGCGUCUCGAGCGCGUUAAACUGCGUCAUCAGGCCGUGGCUCCGCAGAGGCCAAUGAGCGAGGGAGCGGGUGAGGGGAAAAUGCUCAACAGACGACGAUCGGCGAAGUCCUCUUCCUCGGAGAAUGAAGACCAGCUUGCGAGUACUCCGGGCAGGAAGUUUGGCCGGGUCCCGUUGCAGGACGUGCUGCUGCAGUGCAGCGCUCAGCGGGACAUGCAGAGAUCCAACAGCAAGGCCCAGUGCAUGGGGGUGCCGUCGAGCAACCUGACUCCGCUGCUGUGCAAGCUGGAACUGGAGGAUGCCUACCGGCCCGCCCCGCCACUAGUUUUUGACAAUCUCUGCAAGCACAUCUUUGUGGAUGGUGUGUCUUCACCGGCGAUGCAGGCAUCCUCCAGACCAGGGGUCCGCGGGAAGAGGAGCCUGCCGGUCACUGGAACAGCUGAGCCUGCAGGCGGUGGGGUGGUGAGAGAAGAUGGCGAACGGAUCCGUGGAGCAGACACCCCUCCUGUGAAUGCGAGGGAGUUGGUCAUUGCCGAGGCACAGGAGGAUCCCGAGCUGUCGGUCAGCGGGGCUGCCAAUGCAAGGGCGUCCGCGCCCGCCGAAGCUGCAGCUGGACAGUCCGCAGGGUCUCCCCAGGCCUCGCUGGUUGGUGUGAGCUCGCCAGAGUCCACACCUUCUGGCCCCGGGUCCAUGGCUGAGAGGCAGGGUGGCAGCAGCCCCGGUGUGCGGGCAGGUCAGGGCACCCAGGUGGAGUGUCAGAAUCCCCUUGCUGGGGAUCCGGGGACAUCUGAACCGGCAAGAGAGGAAGGGGAGGCCGGGGAGAGAGAGCACGCGCCCACGGGGGCAGAAGUAGUGAAGGUGGGGAAGAGGAAGAGACUUUCCAUGGCUGAGGAAGUGGAGGAGUGGGCACAUCUCUCGGCCAUUGUAGAGGGGGAGUCCGUGGCUGGAGACGUAGUGGAGGGGCCAGAGGCUGAAGAGGGGGUGAAGGCUGGUGAGGGGCAAGUUCGGGUACAGUUGCCAUUGCAGGGAGAACGGCUGUCAAUAGAAAGCACGUGGGAGCAAUCAGAUUCCAGAGACUGUGGGAAGGGGGUCCCAGAUGGGGACAGUGGGGAGGGGGUCCCAGAUGGGGACAGUGGGGAGGGGGUCCCAGAUGGGGACAGUGAGGUGUGGGUCCUAGCUAAGGACAUUGUGGAGGGGGUCCUCGAUUGGGGCGGGGAGCAGGAGGCCCUGGCUGGGGACAGUGGGGCGGAGGUUCCUUCUGAUGAGAGGGGGCAGGGGGUCCCAGCUGAAGGGCAACCUGUCCAGGCUGUGGAUGAUGGGGCAGGGGUCCCAGCUGGGGUUGUGACAGAUCGGGUCCUGACUGGGGCGUGGGUCCUAGCUGGGGACAGAGAUGAGGGGGUCCCGACUGGGAAGAAAAUCCUAGCUGGGGACGGAGAUGAGGGGGUAACGACUGGGGAGAGGGUCCCAGCUGGGGAUGGAAAUGAGGUAAUCCUGACCAGGGAGAGGGUCCUUGCUGAGGAUGGAGAUGAGGUAGCCCUGGCUGGAGAGGGACACCGAGCUGGAGAUGGGGAGGAGCAGUCCUGGGGGGAGGGUUUGUCAGGGGGUCUGGGAGAUCCAGUGGAAAUCCCUGCACUGGCCGCAGGAGGAGAUGCCACCCCUCUUUGUGCCGUGGGUUGUGACCUGCGGCAGACCCGGAUCAUCAGCGGAGGGCAGCGGGCAUUGCUCCCUGAGCCGGCAGUGCAGGUCGACAUGGGCACCAGCCCGCUGGAAGCGGUGCAGUCAUGCGCCCUGGCCUGCCUCGUCCACCCGGGGAGCAGUCAAACCCCCGCGGACACCUGGCGGCUGCUGGCGGCAGAAAUUGGUGUGAGGCGCGUCAUUUGCCGUGAGGUCAGCACGGCGGUCACUCCCGUGGGAUCGCACUGUGCCAUGACCUGCAUGACCCCCGUCUGCUUUGCCGACAAGGACGUCAACACCUCGGUGAUGGAGGAUGUACGAUGCGCAGUGACCGACAGCGCCGUGGUCACGGACCCGCUGCUCUGGAACUUUUCCCGCAAGGAUUUGGAGUCUGUUCCCCGGGACCAGUUGGAACGCCGUCUGGAGACGGCCCUGAUGGUGAACGAGGUUCUGUCCAGCCAGUUGAGCGAGCUGUGGAAGAGCAAGGGGCUGCACCUUGGUGUGGGGCCAGCUGAUCAGAGGGAGGCCUUCACCCAGACCAGCAGUACCCAGGCACUUGAGGUGGAGCAGCACUACCGGGAGCGGGAGCAGGAGCUCAGCGUGGAGCUGUACCAGCAGCUGCAGGCAGCCCUCGCUGACACUGGGGGGCAGCAGAGCUUGCUGCUCAGGGAGGUGGAGGAUGGGCUGCGUGCUGCUGAUGGAACCUGUGAGCAGAUGCAGAGGGAGCGGGCCAGGAUGUCGCAGCAGCUGGAGGACGCCAGGCAGCUGGCCCGGCAGAGCACCAGAACACUCCAGGCCACGGGCCGGGCAACGUCAAAAGCCCUGGAGGAGGCGGCAGCACUGAAGGAGCAAGUGGCCGAGGCUGAGUGGAAGCAGGCAAACAUGCAGCAGGAGUUGGAGCAUUGUACUGACGGACUGCGCGAAGCGUUGGCCAUGGGGAAACAGCUGAGCAGCGAGAAGCUGCAGCUCAAAUCUGACCUGGAAACCACGAGCCAGCAGCUGGCUGGAGCAGAGGCCGAGCGGGAGAAGACGAUGAAGGACAACGGCCGAUACUUUGUGGAGCUGGCGACAGCGGAGGCCUCGCGGAAACUCUCGGAGGCGGCUCUGGCCGAGAGCACGGAGCGGUUGCAGGCCUGCGAGGUGCAGAACAAGGAGAUGGUGGACUCGCUGCUGGAGAACGUGCAGAGUCUGAAGGAGGAUGUGAACAAGAUGCUGAAGGAGAAGGGAGGGUUAGAGAGGGCCGCUUCCGAAGCCCAGGGCCGAGUCCUCAGCCUGACGCGAGCUCUGCAGGCGAAGGAUGCGGAGUUGCAGGAGCUCUCCGACAUCCGGGCCCAGGCUGCCCUCAUCUCCGACAACUUCGAGUUCAUGGAGCAGGAGGUGAAGAUGUCCCGGGAGCAGCUGUCGGAGACGGAGGGGCAGCUCAGCGAGCAGAUCCGCUGCCUACACCAUCGUAACCUGCAGUGUGAGGAGCUGCGGACUCGGUGUGACCGCCUGCGGUCGGAGCUGGACGUGGUUAAGAAGGAUGCACGAGAGAUGCUGAUGGAGAUGGGGGAGCAGAUGAACCAGGCCAUCGUCGAGAUCAUGGAAAUGGAUGGUCAAAUGCAGAACGCCACCAGGUCGGCUGAGACCGCCCUGAAGAUUUGGCAUCAGGAUCUUCCCAAGACCGUUGCUGAAGUCAAGGCAGAACCACAGGUCGCAGCUCAGCAGACAAGCGACCAGGCUGCUGAGACAGGGGAGAUGACUCAGGCUGGCAAUGAACGUAAGGAAGCGGCCACGAGUGACAUCAGGAGUGAGCAGAGUGCCUUUGCUCCAAUUAAACCAACGGGCACAGACAUAGCAGCAGACAUGGAGGACACCCUGCAGCAGCGGGUGUGCAGGCUGCACCGGGCGCUGGGGAAGCUGCUGGCCGUCCGCGCGCAGGCCGAGAGCGCAAUGAAGCUGCAGGUGCAGGAGCUGCAGCGGGAGAUCUCGGUGGGGCGAGAGCAGCAGGAGGCCAAGAGCAACAAGAAGCAGCUGGAGCUGCACAGCCUGCAGAGGAGGGUUGGCGAGCUGGAGGCGGAGAACCGGCAGCUGGCACGGGAGCUGCAGGCACACGCCAAGACUAAAUGUGAACUGGAGCAAGCCUUGGAUUGUCAGAAUGAGACCAUCCUCGAAUUUAACAAGCUGUUGGAUUCCAAUCUCGAGGAACACUCGCAAUUUCUGGCGAUGAAGCAGCAGGUGACUGAUAUGAGGCGGCAGCUGCAGCAGGUGGAGACGGAGGCCAGCACCUACCGCGAGGAGUUUGCCAAACUCCAGGGCCCCGGGGACGCGCUGGGCAAGGACUGGCUUCAGGAGAAGGUGGAUCUCCAGCAGCAGGUGAGGAAGUUGCGAGGGGCUUACUUGCAGAAGGACAGCGAGAUCCAGCAGCUGAAGGAGAAGAUGUUCAGACAUAGAGCCAUCCUGGAGGAGAACAAUCAGAAAGCAGAGACCGAGGUGCGCAAGCUGGACAACCUGAUAGAGCACAUCAGACAAACUCUCCAUUCGAUACCUGAAGUGGUGGGCAGCUCAGCGGAGUUGAAGUGUCUCCUGCAGUGCCUUGGAGAUGAUCUGGCAACAUAGUGUGUCACGGGGCAAAUGUGCCCCCUUCUCUCUCUCGCUGGAGGAGGAAACGGCUGUUGUGAGGUGUGGGCUUCUGGUUGAUUCACUGUAGGAUUUGUGUCUCCAACAGUUUAAAAGCCCAGCGUUUCUUAUUUGUACAGAAGACCAGAGAGUGCAGCCACUUGAUGUUUAUUCUAGCUCUGCCUGACAAGUCAAAUAGUUCCAGCAAUUUGUUUGCAUUAAAGAUCUUGGGGUUGACUUUUCUCUCAUUGUUGGAGUCCACUGCCAACCCCCCACCCACUGAGGCCUCUACACACAGUGCAAAGUAUUUAUUUAUCAGUUGUAUAUAACUACCAAUGUUGUAAUCCUGCUCUGUGUUUCACUGCCGCUCUUCCUGAUUGUUGCCUGUCUGUAGAGAUCUGCCCCUCUGAAUAUUUCCCCUCUGUACCAUAAAGUUGCAUCUGUUGA